CAGAACUUCAUGUUCUCCGCCCUCUGCAUCCCGAGCGUUGAACUCCGGAACUAGUCCUCUCAAGUUCUCAGCAACGACCUACGGACCGACUGUAUUUUCGUGAAUAUUCCUCUGCUAGUUUUUAGGGCAACUUCUGGUCAUCUGUUAAAGCGUGGACAACCCAUGUUCUGGUGCACUACAAUAUCAGUAUGCUUCUUGUAACAAUAGUACGGGAUAGCUUUCAGUCGGUUCGCGGAUCUCUAGAGCUCCUCACCCCCUUCAUCAAGCCUCGCCCAGAACUCGACGAUCUCCCUCGACGCCCAAUAAAGUUUCAAGCCCGCACCGAGCCCUUCGCUAACUCAACUUCAACACAAACCCACCAUAUCAACAGUUCCUUAGGGUCAUUCACAGACUAUGCCACUCAUGCACCUGCAGUCCAGUCCGUGACCCCCAACUUAGAAGCAGUAGAGUCGUCCUCAGGCCGAAGUCCGAACUCUUUACGACGCAUGAAAAACAGGUCUGUUAACAAGCACAGUAUACGUUCAAGGAUUUUGACCAACGAGUCGACUACCUGCUCGGCGGAGGAAUUUGCCUCCACCAUUUCGCUUUGCAAUGAGUCAGAAAGGCAAAUGUUAAUCUUAGAGGAACCAUCUCCAUUACAUGAUUCUCCCUGUGCGUCACGUAUUCCUGAUGUCACCGGAUAUUUGGAUCAUAUGGCUUUCCGUACAUCCUUCCACUCGUUCGCCGUAUUCGGCCAACAGACUGCCCCUCACCAGAUGGAUGACCUAGAAACCUCUGCAUCUGACGCCGCUUUGGCUGAUCAUUCGGAAACUCUAGACGCCAGGAAUCUUCCGCUCUUGUACUGUCAUGAAGAUAGCCUUGCUGGCCCAAACGCCUCCCUUCGAGACAUUGAAUCCAUGGACACUACAUCCGAACACCCUCGUUUGCUAGUACCAUCUCUUGUAGUAACUUGUCCGACACCGAAUGAGCCAUCAUCUCCUGUAUUCGUGCCGCGAACGCCUAUCACCGUCUCGAAGUUUGUCUCCGCGUCUUCCAUGACGUUUUCUUCUCAAAUUCCAUCUGGUCUCGCCACUUUUACCGCCCCGGUCCUUCCCAUAUGCGAAUACUGUGGUCUUUCUGCGUUCGAGAGCGGAUUACGAUGUGCCGAAUGUGAUCAACAAUGGCUUGCUUGCAAGGUGUGGUAUCGUGCAAGUGAUGGCGGAAAGAGACAACACUUGACAGAACCCUAUGUCAAGCCUGCAGAAAGCAACGCCCGGAAUAGAGCAAUGCUGGAUUUCCUCGGCGUUCCUGGUGGAAGUCCUAAUACCCUUGGUCUGGGUCUACACGCUGCACCGCAAGAGAAACGAACGAGCAAAUGGCGCCGCUUCGCUCGUCUACUGUCCACAAGCGAUGAAGUUGCGGAAGCCGUCCCGCUGAACCUUGCACCAGACCAUCUCAACAAGUCGUCUUGGACUCGUAGUUUCUUUUUUUAUCCUCUCAGGACGUCAUCCUCCGCCUUAGAACAUAUGUGGCAGCGAAGCAAGGUUCGCUUUCCAUUCCCUUUCCAUCUUGAUGCAGGUGACCUUGCAUUGCUUGUGACUCGCUCAUAUGCUCUUAAUCGUCAUCCGCUCUCCCCGUACUUCUGAUCAGCACAGUUGGACAAACGCAUAUUAUCUGCUGGUUGUUAUCGCAGGAAAAAUGUUGCGUGAUUGUCUACGGAUCCGCUAGUUGACACUACUCGUACUUAGCACAGUCAUGGGCGCAUUCCCACUUCUGGCCUAUUCUUGGCAUACCGACAUAUUGGAUCCAACCUUACAGGCUCCUAUGUCGAUAAUCUAUCAUCGUUCAUUGCCUUCCCUACGCAUCAUUGAGCAUCAUAUACUACACAUGUCAUUUGUAUCAUAGCUUUGUUAAGAAGAGAGUGUUAUUUAAUGCAAGAUCCAUCGUUAAGCUAUUUCUCC